AUGGCACCAAAAGGUUCGUCUCUUUUUGAUCUCGUUCUUCGUUUAGAUUACUUGUGGUUAGGGUUUACUAAGCUUCCAUCAAUCGAUGAUCUAGGCGUGGAAAAGAUGGCAAAGACCAUGUUAAUGCAAAAAAUAGCGACCGCGAGAGACAAGUUAAUGGCUUUCUUUUAUUUCAAAAUAGAUAGGAAUGAUGCUUUGCAGUACGCAGUGAUCUUACUCAAUGCUCAGACGCUGAAAAAGAAACACAUUUUCGGCGGUUUUGAUCAUACUAAGAGUCGUCUUAAAAAUAUCCCUAACCUCGCUGAGCUAGCCAAACUUGCAUUAGAAUUUGGCUUUAGUGAUGAAGCACACCGGAGCGUUGAGAUUUGCAAGAAGAUUAUUAGUGUUAUUAAGCAUUGUGGAAAUCUCAUGUCACUAAUUGAAGAGGAUAAGGAGAAGAAAUAUGUAGAUGGACUUCAUCCUAUGAUUAGUCAUAUCAUAGAUCAUUCUGAUUUCAUUGCCAAUUUUAGUCAUCUACAAAUUGGGAGUUGCUCUGCUGGCGACCUAACCCAUGCUGGAGUUCAGAUCUAA